AGAACUAAGCAUGGCAUAUAUUAGGGAAAUGUUUAAGUCAGGAGAAGGGAAGAUGGUUUGAUCUCAGUAACGAUCUCACCGUCCAUGGCGAUAUGAAACUAAGAUAGGGAUGGGAAUGACAAGGAAUUAACUAAGCAAUAAUUGGUGCAGCAAAGGAAGGGAUCGGCUGGCUAGGAUGAAGGGUGCAGACAGAAUUAGUUGGUUGCCAAGCAGUGUUAUGGAGCACAUUCUGACGUUUUUGCCGCUAUGAGAAGCAGUGAGGACGAGCUUUCUGUCAAGGGAAUGGAGGAACAAAUGGGUAAAUAUGCCCACCCUUGUCAUCGAUGACAAGUUUGGUAAGGUAGUGAAACCAGUCGCAGGUGGUACUUCACCUGAACUAGCAUCUGCCGAGGUGCAUCUACUCCUUCAACCGACUCACGAAGUUGAAGUUGUGUGGUUGCAAGCUCACAUCCUCUAACGUUGCCUUUGGCAGUGCUGCGUUUGCUGAGCUCAACAUUCUCGAGCUUAGAGAUUUAGCAGUACCACAAGCUGGUGAAGCUUGUUUCAGCUUCAACUGCCUGUUGCUUUCUGCAUUGACCAUGGAAGAUUGCGGCUCUUCCGCCAACAAGAUCAGCAUUGUCAUUGAGGCUCCUAAACUCGAAUAUUUUCAUCUAGACGGGAGCUAUAGCUUGCUGGAGCUGAAGCAUACUCAAUACUCAAAACUGUAGAUGUUCAUCAAGCUGUUAGCAUCAUUGAGGACAAAGGAUACUCAAAAACUUUUUGAAAUUUACAGCCGGUCUUCCAGCAGUGGAGCAUCUUUCUCUUUCUGGUUAUUUCUACAACGUACGUAACUAAAAAUUUCUCUUCUCAGCUCGGCUUCAACCUUCAGUUUAAUUUAUGCAUACAGGAAUUUUUUUUUUUCCUACUGCUAGUUAGACUAAUUCAAUUCUGACAAUUAUAUACAUUUGGUGUUUCAGUACUUGAUGAUCGGAGGUGACCAUGCAGUUAAGUUUCGCAAGCUGCGGAACCUUAAGCAUCUUAACCUUAAGCAUCCAGGGAGGGAUGCUACGCUUAGUGCCUAUGUGUGGUCUGCUAAUGAGUUGAUGAGCGUUUCCCCUGGCUUGCCUGAACUAACCAUCAACAUUGGGAAGCCACACAAAUCUGGUGAAGUAGGGCUGGGUGUAAUGGCGAUAGAUCGGAGGAGGAGGAUCAGGCCGGAACUUAAGCGAGUGAAGGUGAAUCAAUUUGAUGGUACAAGGUUGGAAAUGGCUUUCGUCCGAUCGAUAGUGGGGGCAUCACCAGCACUUGAUAAGAUGGAAAUCGAGUUCUCAGCUGGCCAUGGAAUUGAAGAUCAAUGGUCGAUUUCUCAAGAGUUGUUGCAUCUUACGCGGGCCUCACCCACUGCCCGAAUCACGAUCAAGUAACUUGUAGCUAUAGCCAGUAAGCAGCCUAGCCAUCUACAUUAAGAUGGUUGGGUUUUCGAACAUGAUGGUCGAGAGGCGCUUUUGUCUAACCAAGCCAACCACACAAUUCCCAGGUUGGCAAUCAUUGAAAUUGACCCCAAAAUCAUGUGACGAACACCAUUGACUUCUUGUUUCAUUCAUCAUCAGAAAUUGACUUAUUUAGAAUCCAUAUUGUUGUGUAUAAUCACAAUGAGAGGCCAGAGACAUAACAGACGACAGACAUCAGACAAAAAGGGUUCAGUUUACCUCUAAUUUCUUGUGCUUUCUAUGUAUGUUGUGCGUAUGUCCGUAUCGUUGCCGGCCGACAAACAGGAUGAUACACUGUGUUGAUCCGAAAUUCUCCUUUUAAGAAUAUCCAAUCCAACGAGUAGGAAACAAAACAGGGCCGAGAAUUCUCGCAAAAGUACGUUGCGGGGAUCGCCGGCGUGCUUGACAAUGCUGCUGGUUUUUGUCCUACUCCCGCAAAUAAAAGAGUUGCCACAAUAUUAGAAUGCCAAAGCCUGCUCCUCGUGAUCAUUUCAGCCAAAUAGCCACCUUUUCUUACUAUGGUGGCUGUGAACAAACACACACCAUGGCAUCAAUCCCUUCUUCUUGCACAACCAGAGACAUUAUCGGCAGCUCGAAAACACAAAGUGCAGUACAACUCUGCAUCCCUCUCUCGCACUCAAAGAGAUUUUCAUUCAGGAAAACAGGACAGGAGAAGACGAGGCAUUAGCGAAAACCUUUCAGCUUUCACCCCCACUUGCUUCAGAUGUUUCCCCAAGGUAUGCCCUUUUUUACAUGAUCUGUCGAAAAGCUGCGAUUCAACAUUUCCGGCAUAGUCGAAGUUUAGCAUGAACAUGUAGGAACAUGCAGAACCGGCUCUAGAUGCAUCGAAGACUCGUUCUUUAUGAAGCUACCGAUAUCUUUGUACUCAAUCAUGAUCGAAGGCGUUGAAAUAUACACGUAAAAAAAAAAAAGGUUGAUUGAUUGAUUGCCAAUGUUGAAUAAUAGAGAGUGACAAUGGGUGAUGAGCAACUUGGUAUUGCCAGCAUCCUAUACACUUGUUACUAUGUGUUUUCCUAUGUGCCGCAAAACUAUAAAGCAAACUUCCUACUUACACACCUCAAAGAUUAAGCAACAAGCGCGGACGUCGUCUCUGUUGUUGGUUUGAUGAUGGUUUUUUAUUGGCUUCUGAACUUAAGAACCAAGCAGCUUCUUCCAUCUUGCAUAUCCUAGAACCAUAAAGAAAAGCAGGAAGGACCCUGCAGUAGAGCCCCCGACGACAUAGCCAAAUAUCCCUUCUAUAUCAUACAGUGUGCAAGGGAUAUUCAUCCCAAACACUGAUGCAAUCAAGGUUUCCACUGCUACUGCAAAUGAAGCUAUGGUCAACGUCAGUUGGAGCUGAAUUAGUUCGUUUCGCUGGUUGUCAAGCUGGAUGUUCACAUAGUCCUCUGUGUCAUCAAUGUAUUCACGGACCUGCAAGAACAGCACAGACGAAUAUUGUUAUUUGAAUUAAGUUUUUCAUGAUAGAAUGAUCAGAGCCAAGCAGACACAAACCCUCGUAACCACUGGUCAAUACCCAAAAAAAAAAAAAACCAUUCAACCAUUUUAGAAAAACUAUCAAAUCAACCAAUCCAUCAAGUUUAGGCUAUGUUUAUCACAAAUUUCCCUUCUCCUUUAAGUUAGCUGCGAAAAUUCAGACACAUCGUACAAAAGUAUGCAUGGAAUCAACUGCUCAUUUAAGGUUACAGUUCAUAAACUUGAUGUCUUUCCAGAUACUAUUUGAUGGAGGGAUAUCAAAUUCAGAAGUUCGUAGGGGGAGCAUAAUCCAGAUGAAUAAUUUGUUCAGUAUUUG